GUGAGCUUUAAAGCGUUUGAAAUCGCACCAGUUAUCGAAAGGAUAGUAACUACAUCCGCAGAAAGGCCCAAAACUGUAAGUAGUUUGUUGUAAUAAUUUUAUUAUGUGAACAAAAUUCCAUUCAAGGUUCUUAUUAUUAAGAGAUUCACACUGUAGGGGGUUUACCUCGGUGUAAGAACCUAUGAUCUUUUUCUUUGUUUUGCACCUUUUGUUUACCUAGGUUUUGUUGUGUUGACUUCUUUGAUUCCUUUGCUUUACGUCACUCGUGAGUUUCACAGGUUCUUACACCGAGGAUGAGCCACUGUGGGAAUUUGAUCGAUUUUGAGAUUUUUCUUAUAAAACUUGUACUAUUUACGAGGCCCUCGUAGGGAUGGGGAGGUGAGUUUAAAGCACUUGUAAACUGACGUUACACGAAGCACAUCGAGCGGUUGUAUACUAAAUAACUUCAUUAUAAAAGUAAAUGAUGUUGUCAUUAAAAAAAAAAAAACAAUACUCUUUUAGGUGGAAUGCAUUGACUGUGCAGCUCAGAAUUUAUAUAUUGGAACAACGGAUUGGUAUGUCUGUAUCAGGGGGGUGGGGGGGAGAGAGUAGGUCUGGGACCGAGAAACGAUGUUCUCACAACUUACAAAGCGGUCACUUUAUGUGAUGGUCAGAGGAUAAUUCCAGAAUUUUUCCCACAGUAAAUAUUUUAAUAGAAGCGAGAAGCCAACCAGCAGAGGAAAUGAUUAAAAAAUUGAAAAAAUAAUAUCAUGCAUCUUUAUUUUUCUUGCAUAUUUCAGUAUUUGUCCUUUGGUACUGAAAUUGUACAACCGUGUUAGAUCUUAACCAACAACAGUGAGCUCGAUCGAUCGAUAGGUUACAUCAUUUUUUCCCGGGGGAGGACAUCAGAAGAUUAUAUGAGUUAUGAUGGUGAUAAAUAUUACUGCAGAAAGCGUCAAAUUUAUUGGAAGUAAGUAUAUUCAAGCGAGCCUCAUAAAUAUGAGCUUACAGUUGUACAUAUCAUACCUGAAUAAACAUUCACACUUCAUAACAUUUCUCUUCGUUUAUUAUGAUCAGUCAACACCUUGAAUUCAAAGAUAAAAUUCAAAAUGAUUCAAAUAAACGAAUCACAACUACGACCGAAUGCUCUGUACCUUGAAGCGACCUUAACUUUCCUAACGUUUGCAGCAAAGCACUGCUCGAUAGCUCAACUCUUCAGCGGUUCUUAUCAGCUAUAUGCAGCUAUAUGUUGCAUACUGCAAACUCUGCAGAGGGAAAUUGUUUAACAGAAAAAGAAAACCACACACUAUGUCUGAAAAGCAACAUAAAAUCAAUAAAUUUGCAAAUUACCAAAAUAUAAUAGUGAGAAACAGUCCCUCCUUGCACCGCCAUGUUUUUGUUCCUUCUCAAAACCUUUGAUCUACAGUUUUUGAUGUAAAGCGCAUGAUCAGUACGCAAAUCCGCUGGCAAGACCCUUGCUGAUCGCUUUGCAAGUUGUAAGAACAUCGUUUGGAUGUCAUUUAAGAGAAUGUACAGAGGAGUAGCUUCCCCCCCGGUCUGUAUGAUAGACCCGUGGGAGAUACUUCCUUAUAACAGGCUAAUGGGGAUGUGCCGCUGUAUGGGGUCACAUUUUCUCAACUUGAUUGACUAUAAUGGGGUCACAUUAAUUCAAUAGAGUUACUAGAAUGGGGUUGGACAUUUUUGGAUUUUUUUGGGUAAGACAGUUCUUGUUAUUUACGGUUAGCAAAUGUACCAGAAUGUUUGUACUCUAGAUGAAGAGUAAAGCAUUCUUCAUUCAAUCUGACAAAUGUGUCAAUUUAUAAAAAUGGAAAGUGACUAAGUUGGUAUCGCGAAAAUUACGUAUUAGCCCAAAAGUGACUAAGAUGGGAUCUAUAAUUGGCCACAGAAUAGACUAUAAUGGGGUAGGGGCUCUGAGAGGACAGCAGCACUGCUGAUUUUAUGCAUUGCACAACUUUAAAACAGUAGCUUGUUAAUUAAAGUCAACUAUAUACCUAAGGGGACGGCUAAGAAUUUCUAGAUGACCAUUUCAUUCAUGUACAGUUUUCGAAGCCCAUCUAACAAAAUAGAAAAAAGGAAAGAUAAAAUUUGAGUUUCAAAAAUGUGAUGGAGAGAGGAAUCAGUAGAAUCCACGCUUUCGUAGUAUGUUAAAUUGAGUCUAAAAUUUUGGGUAAAAUAAUGCUAAAGCCCUUGUUUUUUGGUUUUAUCUAAUUCACGGAACCCACAGAACCCACGGAACCUACAGAACCUUAAAUUAAAGCAAAGAAAUGGUCAUGCAUGUUCCUGAAUAUGGCGUAAGCCAUUUCCAGGGUUGGGAUUUCUUCUUCUUAGUACAAUGUGAAGAUUUUUACUGUUUUAGACUGAUCAAUUUACCAGAUGUAGUGUGGGCACUGGUCUAGGCACAGGCAGCCUAAAAGAAAAAGCCCUACUCAGGUUCCCUCAAAAGUUNUGGAUGUCAUUUAAGAGAAUGUAUGGGAAGUAGCUUCCCCCCCGGUCUGUAUGAUAGACCCGAGGGAGAUACUUCCUGAUAACAGGCUAAUGGGGAUGUGCCGCUGUAUGGGGUCGCAUUUUCACAACUGGAUUGACUUUAAUGGGGUCACACUAAUUCAAUAGAGUUACUAGAAUGGGGUUGGACAUUUUCGGAUUUUUUUGGGUAAGACAGUUCUUGUUAUUUAGGGUUAGCAAAUGUACCAGAAUGUUUGUACUCUAGAUGAAGAGUAAAGCAUUCUUCAUUCAAUCUCACAAAUGUGUCAAUUUAUAAAAAUAGAAAGUGACUAAGUUGGUAUCGCGAAAAUUACGUAUUUGCCCAAAAGUGACUAAGAUGGGAUCUAUAAUUGGCCACAGAAUAGACUAUAAUGGGGUAGGGGCUCUGAGAGGCCAGCAGCACUGCUAAUUUUAUGCAUUGCACAACUUUAAAACAGUAGCUUGUUAAUUAAAGUCAACUAUAUACCUAAGGGGACGGCUAAGAAUUUCUAGAUGACCAUUUCAUUCAUGUACAGUUUUCGAAGCCCAUCUUACAAAUACAAAAAAGGAAACAUAAAAUUUUCGGAUUCAAAAAUGUGAUGGAGAGAGGAAUCAGUAGAAUCCACACUUUUGUAGUACAUUAAAUUGCGUCUAAAAUUUUGGGUAAAAUAAUGCUAAAGCCCUUGUUUUUUGGUUUUAUCUAAUUCGCGGAACCUACAGAACCCACGGAACCUACAGAACCUUAAAUUAAAGCAAAAAAAUGGUCAUGCAUGUUCCUGAAUAUGGCGUAAGCCAUUUCCAGGGUUGGGAUUUCUUCUUCUUAGUACAAUAUGAAGAUUUUUACUGUUUUAGACUGAUCAAUUUACCAGAUGUAGUGUGGGCACUGGUCUAGGCACAGGCAGCCUAAAAGAAAAAGCCCUACUCAGGUUCCCUCAAAAGUUGUGUAAAAUAGAUUAUUUAGCAGUUAAAUUUAAAACUACAAUAAUUAUCAAGAAGUGAAAAAAAUGGGAUAGAAUACUUAGAGACUCCCUAAUGGAGUCUCCAUUUUACACCAUGUGGAGAUGGCAAGGGAUGUAUUUCGCAAGAUCAGUUGUUUAACCACAUUGGAUACUUGCGUACUCUGUGUUUGAUUCCAUGUCGUUAAACAUUAUGUUAACUAAAAUAAUUAUUAUCCUUUCAAUGAUCAGUACACUUAAAAAUUCAUUCACCUAAGAAUAAGCUUAAAUGUUUUCAUAGAGCUUAUUUAGUUUUAAACAAAAAUACUUGUAGAGAUGCCAAUACACACAAAUAGACUCCUGCAAGGAGAAACAAAUCAGAUCACAUGAAAGAAUGUAGAAUCUGUGUCGACCAGAGUGUUCACUGUAAACUAGAAAUUGGGUGAAGCAUACCACUGUCCUUUUUCGGCUUUUCUACAUCUCUUCCUUCCUCUUUCCGCGUCUCUUCGCACUUCUGUGACUCAAGACUAGACUUUUCAUAUUGAGAUACUUGGUGUAUGAAUAGACUUGAAUUGAUGUUGGAGACUAUAUUAAUUUUGGUUCCAUGUUGUGGUUCAAUUUUAUCCUUGGUUUAAAUUUUAUAAACUCAUUUUUAAACUCAUUAUCAUACAUUACCAAACCCCAAAACAAAGGAAAAUGAAAUUUAAACCAAGGAUGAAAUUGAACCACAACAUAUACAUCCUAGAUCCAUCGUAAAUUAUGUCCCUUUUUUUAAAAAAAUGAGGUAUUGCUGUGGCUAAGUAGUUAUAAUUUUAAAGUAGUAUUAGAAGAUAGUUAAAAAAAGCCAGGAAAAAUAGAAUAGAACAGGAAGCGGAAAGCAAUGAAGAAGAAGAAAUAAAAUUCCAUUGUCGGAGUUGGAGCAUGCACCCUUUCGCAAGCAAAAAACUUCGCGUGUUGUGACUUAAAACCAUUUAGCCAAAGUAACCAAUUAUUAUGAAACGCACAAUGAUAAUAUCAAUUAAAUAAGAUUACCGUAAUUCCUUGGAUAAUAGCUUGGGGCGAUUAUUAUUAUUAUUUUUUGCACCAAAAGGGGCCGAUUAUUCGAGGAAGUGAUUAUUUCAAAAUAUUGCUCCCUGGAAAACGUGCAAUAAAGAUUUUGUUUUAUUAUCCCAUUAAAUAGAAAAAAAUAAUAAUCACGUCCAAAUUUGGUUCCUUGAUUGAUUUUCAAAGUCAGUAUCCUCGGCAUCAGAGCUUGCAUCGUCACUGAUCAGUUUUGCUGGAUCAGACUCUAGUUCAGCUUUGCUUGUUAUUCAAGGUGUCAAUUUUUUACUUAAGAGAGGUAGGGGGUGAUUAUUCGAGGGAAGUGAUUAUUUUGAAUAUUUUCAUCAAAGGAGGGUGAUUAUUUUGUGGUAGGUGAUUAAUUGUGGGACAGCUAUCAUUCGAGGAAAUACGGUGUGUCAUGAUCACGGAAUAAAAAGAAACACAUCUUGGACGGGUUAAAUUCGUAUUAGUGGUAAAUGAAAUCUACAAAUUGACUCAUGGAAACAUAUAAUGUGCCAAAAAAUGACAACAGAAGAGAACUGGAGCUUUCAAAACAUCUUUUCCAACCUUGUGUGAUGAGGUAUAAACUGCGUGUUUACAUUAUUUCCAUGAUAAUUAAUUUUUGCAGAUUUAUGACUUGGAAUUAAAUUUUAAGUAAAGACUGAUAAAAUGCCAUUUAUGUGUAUUAAUUGGGAAUCUCAGUUAGGCUCCUUAUUUUGGGCUACAUGUGGGUAGACUAGUGCCCAUACUAAGCUUGGUAUCUUGAUCAGUUUAAAAUAGUGAGAAUUUUAAUGUUGAAUUACGAAGAAAUUCCUACCCUGGAAAUGAUUUAGACCAUAUUCAGGAACAUGUAUCUGUUUUUUUUUUGCUUUCCGUUGGUUUUGAGAGUUCUGUGGGUUCCGCAAGUUAGAUAUGCCACUUGUAAUUUCAAAAAGAAUCAAGUUUCCCUUUGAUGACUGGAAAGCUACAAAUUUUAUAGCCUUGCUUAGAGUGCAUUUCUAGAGAUCUAAAAGUACCCUGCAUGGCCCAAAAAGUGUUUUUAAUUUAUUUAGGAGGAAACCGUCGUUGGGUGCCCCUGUCUUUUAUUUUCUUCUAUUUUUAGUACCCUGAGUUCUCUUGUUUAUGUCAUCACUAGAGGACAAAUAGUUAACAGGAAUUAUGCUUGGAAGGAUCUACUGUUCUUUCUAGAAGAACGCAGCAGUUCCCUGACUUAAAAAAGCCAGUUUUUUUACUUUGAUCUGCCAACAACUAAUCUUUGAUAUUAAUUUUAUAUAAUUGUGUUGGCAACGUAUUUAUUGUAACUAGAGCUGUUUCCCUACCACUCUUGUUGGGAUUUAAAUAAUUAUUUAUUUUGUCUCCAGUUUUGUUCUUCAUUAUGUCAUUGAUGAAGGAGUUUCACCACUGGGUAAAACAACAUUUCAGUCAGGACUGCAAGCAUCCAAGCAUCUUGGAAUGGUUUGUUUAUAACAAACAACUAUAGUUGAACCUUCUUUAAAUUGUUUGCCUUUUAAGUAGCCACCAUCUAUGAGGCUGCCAGUAAUAAUACCCAAAAAUAAUAAUUUAGAAAAUAAUAAUAAGUGAAACCUCUAUUAGUGGCCAUGAAGUGCUUGAUACACUUAAGUGCAGUUUAGCUUUUUUAAAAAUAUGUUAAAGGAAACUGCAGCUCUAGAUACAGUGUAGAUGGUAAUGACUGAUUGUCAACCACAUUGCAUGUGUGUUUCAAAAUAAGAUGAUGUUUCUGCCGAGGAGUUUGCUAAUUAAGAGUAGCCAACCUCCAUUAAGCGGCCACUUGCCGGUACCCCAAGGGUGGCCGCUUUAAUGGCGGUUCAGCUGUGUACAGUGUAUGUUUUAAUCUUAAUUUAACAUGAUACACAGUCACCUUGCUUGUGUGAAGUCAUUAUACAAUGGCAGAUACAAUGUAAAAUUAAUCCAGGUCAACCUUGAACUUAAUGUAAUGAUCUUCCAUUUUUACCUUCUUUUCUUAUUAACUGAUAAUAUUAAGCAGCCUUUUUGUACAGGUUUUUCGUUUUCUUUGACAAUCUUCAAUUUUCAAUAUUUCCUUUUGCCUGAAAUUAAUAUUUCAUUUUUAAUUUUAAAGGAACGGUUUCAUGGUUCAGCUCAUGCUCAUUAAUGAAAAUGCUGUUUUCUGCCAGGACAUGCUGUAUCGUCUAUGCAAGCAAUAUGAUCAUGUUAUGAUGUUGUCAAAGAACCAUCUCUCUUGGCAGUCACUUGAUCAACUUGUGUGCAAAUAGCUGUAAAUUAUCAACCAUGGAAUAAAACCUUUGGGUCAACAAUAAAUUCAACAUUAGCAGUGUUGGCAUGAUCCACUAAUUUUUUCUGCCAUUUUAGUACUCCUCCACCCUACUUCAGGUUACUCUGAAAUACACUUCUACUUUGAAAUACACUCUGAAAUCACUGAGAUACAUGUGAGUGGGAUUAUUAACCAACAGAAUUAAUAAACAAUUGGAAAAAAGUAAUUUAAUUAAUGUGCAUGUGCUGAACCGUGAACUUGUCCCUUUAAAGAAUUCUCUACUUUGUUGAUGAUAAACUUUUUCAUUUUCAUUGAUUUCAGAAAAAGCCUGUUGUGCAGGUGCUGACAGCUCCAGCAAUAAACAGACUUCUUGUGCUCUGUGAUGGUAUGUUUUUUUUUUCCUGCUGAGGGGAUAACACUCACCCCAACCUUGAUUAUUCUGAAUAUCUCUAUCCACCAAACUUUUAAUGUCGUCUGUUCAUGUUUCUUUUGGCAGGUGGAAUUUUGAUGUUCACUAUGUUUGGUUUAGAGGUGAGUUAUAUUAUAUUCUAUUACCGACAUUUGUAUCAUAUAAUCUUAAGUACACGUAGUUAACAGGGUUUGCACAGUCUUCUUAAAAAAUCCUUGGAUUUUAGUGGAAAUUCUUGAAAAGUCCUUAAAUUUCUUUGCAAGUUCUUUGCAAGUUCUUGAAUUUCCUUCAGCUUUGAACGUAAUAGCGUGAAAAGUGUUUUUUUAUUGCUUUUUGGUUUUCCAUGAGGAGUAUACUGUAAAGCAUUUUUUGAACAUUUUAUGCAAUAAGUAACUAUCAAUUUAAGACAAGUGUACUGAAAAAUGUAGGUCAAGUUCAAGCCUUAAAGUCUUGUUAAAAUGGACUGGGAAUGUGCAUUUUUGUACAAUCUGUGAAAUUACAUUCCCAGUAGGUAGUCCUUGACAAGUUCUUGAAAAGUCCUGAAAAAAUGGUUGCAAUUUUUUGUAUGAACCCUGGUUCAUUUCCAACUUAUGUACAUAUGACCUUACCUAUGAUGGAAUAACAAUGUACACUCCUUGCAAGUUUACUCCCUUAGCAAUACAUCCUGUGGAUGUAGCUUUAUAUGUCAGAUUAGCAUUCCCUCCAAAUGGGUUGUAAAAUUAUUUGACUUCCAAAACUGCAGAUUUAAAGGUGUUGGACUUAUAUCAGGUUGGAAUGUUGAUUAUUGUUAUAAAUCAGUUGCCUUUAUUGGUUCCAAAUUUUCUUACAGUUUUUGGCCACAGGAUUUAAAGACAGAUUUAAAGGGGUAAGUUGAUCGACAGCAAUAUAUUUCCAAGUGGUGUUGAUUUUUGGAGAUUGCCCAGAAGCAAAAAUGCAUGAACCAUAUUUAUAGAAGUGUAUACAUCUAAAAAAUCUGCUUCAAUAAUAAUAAACAAUAAUAAUGUUUAAUAAUUAUAACAGCUUCAAGUUUUCAUGGCAGUGAAAAAUUCAGUACAUGUAUUUUUAGUAGAGGCAACUAAAGCUAGCGGCUAUUAUGCAUUUUAAAACUUUGUCAGGAGUAAUUGAUGUUGAAUCUGACCUGUGUUUUUUAGGUGACUGAAAUUUGUAGAAAUGAUAACCCAAACUUAUUUGAUCCAUUUGCUGUUGAGGUAAGUCCUCUUUAUUAAAAACAUUGGAUAGAUUUUCAUUGUAUUGAUGCAGUGCAGUUGUGUAUAUUCUAUGCCUUUCCCCUUUUACAUUACUCAAUUUUAUGUAUUUCCCUUACGUCUCUGCAAUAAUUAAAAAUGGAAUAUUGUUCAAAAAAAAAAGAAAGAAAAAAUAGAAUAAUAAUAUUGUUGCAAAGCUGCUAUUAUCAGAACUUUUAUGGUUGAAACAUUAAACAGAUUAAUUGGAGUAGUUUGAAGAGGAAUGCAUGUGGUCUCUCUCCAGUUAUUUUUAUAUUGUAAAAUGGCUCACUAAUUCAUGAUGUCAUAUUUGUAGUUUAUAUAUAUAAAAUAGUUAAAAGAGAUUUUUUACUGGUACCAUGUAUUUAUAGGUUUGCAUGGCACUUUCUAAGAAGAGAGCUGUUCACAUUUUAUCAGUUACUGAAGACAAGAUCAUUCCACUAAAAGAAAUUCAGCUUCCAGAACCACCAUUA